AUGGCCACCCAAGAGAACCCCGGCGCGAGCGAUCCUCGCAGCAUGGACGGUCUGCCCGCCUUAACCUACGAAAUUUAUCUCCUUAUCGUGGAAGCUUUCCUCGACAAUGUUGAGGGAGCUCUCGCAGAAUCGAUCAUGUUGGAUCCAGGCUGCCACUGCAUAAUCGAGAACAGGGUCCUCCACACACGCGCGGAAGACCCUCACAAACAAUUCUGGACAGGGCGCUUUCGCUUGAUCCAGAGCAUCUCUCAGGUCAACCAGAGAACACGCGGGAUGGCGCUGAGAAUCAUGUUCCAGCUCUCAGUAGUUCCGUGCGAAGGCGAACGAUAUCUGACCUGGUUCUGUCCCAAGGUCGAUUUCAUGCGCCUCGGCUUCGAUCCCUGGAAAGCAGGGCGCCAGGCGUUGGGCGACGCAAUCCUGCCUCUGCCGGGUCUCCAAAACGUCACCCGGCUCCGGGUUACCGGGUACGAAUUCUUGCAGGAAUUCGGCCACCAGAAGCUGGAGUUGAUCUGGGCGACGUUUCCGAGGCUCGAGUCGUUCGUCCUGACGACGUGCGGCCAAAGGCUUUGCACGCUCGGCACCGCGGACGAACUGCUUCUGGAUGCCGGCAUGCUCGUAGGUCUCGGUAACUGGGACUCUCGUCAGCACCCGCGUGCGACGUGGACCGCUACAUGGGACAGAGGUAUCCGCGUCUUCAUCGUCGAGUAUGGGCGUGGAUUGGAACACGAAAGCAUAAAGCCGACCAUGGAACUGGGAGCGAUCAGCGGCGUGGAGAUGGCUUUGGAGCUCAAAAGCGAGAACGGGGGCAACAUUCAAUCAACCUUGAGAACGUAUGCUACGGUAUGA